AUGAAGAUGAAUAAAAAGAGAAAAUUUCCCAGUUAUACUGCCUUAAGAAACACAGUUUUCUUUGAAAUCACCAUUGGGAUCUCAGCCAACACUGUCCUACUUAUGUUCCACAUCCUCACAUUUCUCCUCAAGCACAGGCCCAAGCCCCUGGACCUGACUAUCGCUCAGUUGGCCCUAGUCCACCUGGUGAUGCUGGUAACUGUGGGCUUUGUAGCUGCAGACACUUUUGGAUUUGAGAACUGGGGGAAUGACCUCAUGUGUAAAACAGUUAUCUAUGCAAACAGGUUGACGAGGGCCCUCUCCAUCUGUACCACCUGCCUGCUGAGCAUCCUCCAGGCCAUCACCCUAAGCCCAAGAAAUUCUUGUCUGGCAAAAUUCAAACAUAAAUCCUCACAUUGCUACCCAUGUGGGCUUGUCUUUCUAUGGAUCUUCAAUAUGCUCCUGAAUGGUCGCUUCUUAGUCUCUAUUGGUGCCACCCCCAAUGUGACCUCUCACAGUUUCGUGUUUAUCACUGAAUCCUGCUGUCAGUGGCCCAUUAGUUACUUGUUCAGGUACAUAUUUCUCUCACUGGUGAAUGUUCAGGAUAUCUCCUUUAUAGGGCUGAUGGCUCUCUCAAGUGGGUACAUGGUGAGUCUCUUAUGCAGGCACAAGAGGCAGUUUCAGCACCUUCACAGCACCAGCCUUUCUCCAAAACUAUCUCCAGAAGAAAGGGCCACCUGGACCAUCCUUCUGUUCAUGGGUUUCUUUAUGCUCAUGUACUUUUUGGACUGUAUAAUUUUCUUAUCCUCUGGAAUACUGUUGAAAAAUGACCCAGUUCGUCAUUCUGUACAGUUGCUUGUGGGCAGUGGGUAUGCCACAAUCUCUCCAUUUGUGCUAAUGAGCACUGAAAAACGGAUGAUCAGGUGCUGA